AUGGCUCUUCUGGACUGCGUGGGAUUGUGCUUCCCGUGCAUCUUCAACACAACGCCCGUGUUGAAGAUCAACCAGGCCUCGUUCAGGAUCCUCAAUCUGCUGGGCGAGGGCGGUUUCUCCUACGUGUACCUCGUGCAAUCGAAAAACAACCACGGCUUGUAUGCGCUCAAGAAAAUACGGUGUCCGUUCGGCAACUCCAACUUCAAGGCCGCCAUGAAGGAGGUGGACAACUACCGCGAAUUUCGCUCGCCCUUCAUCAUCAAGUCGAUCGACUCGUCGGUCGUCCAGGAGCCAGAUGGCUCCAAAACCAUCUACAUCCUGCUGCCCUACUUUGAAAAUGGCUCCUUGCAGGACAUCAUUAACAAGAACAGCGUGAACAACGCGCGCAUGGACGAAACUGAGGCGCUGCGGCUGUUUGUAGGCAUCUGUCGCGGACUCCAGUCAAUGCACCGCCACCAAGUCUCUAAGAACUACACGAUUGUGUCGUCAAUGGAGCCGAACGACAGCGACGGAGCCGACGAAAAUAACCCCUUUCUCAGCAACGUUGAAGAGAGCAUACGAGAUGGCACAGAGUUACAGGAAACGGUUAGCUUUGCACACAGAGACAUAAAGCCGGCCAACGUCAUGCUGGCCAAGGACGGGACGCCGGUGUUGUGCGACCUGGGCUCGUGCGAAAGGGCACGGGUCAGCAUCAAGUCGCGGGCGCAGGCCAUCACCGUCCAGGAGCUCAGCAACGAGCACUGCACGCUGCCGUACCGCGCGCCAGAGCUGCUCGACAUCAAAGUCGGCGACAAAAUCGACGAGAAAAUCGACAUCUGGUCGCUCGGUUGCACGCUCUACGCGCUGCUGUACGGCUACUCGCCGUUCGAGCGCGAGGAGCUCGUCAACGGGGCCAACAUCACGCUAGCCAUCAGCUCGGGCAGCUACAGCUUCCCGCCAACGCCAGAGUACUCGCCCGCGCUCAAGGACCUCGUGCGCUACUGUCUCGUGGUGGACCCGGCCCAAAGACCGUCGAUCGAGGAGGUGCUGACCCGUGCGCUCGAGGUGCAACGCGAGGUGUGGAACGAGAAAAAAAUAAAUGUAAAGUAUUUCGAGUUCAUGACCUCGUACCAGAACGGCACGGCGCAGAUUCCGGGCUGGAACGACUGUCCGGAUACGGUGCUGAACCGGAGCCAGACGAGUCUGGCGAGCUUGCCGAGCGCAGACGCGGGGGACGGUGCCGAUCUCGCCGAAAUUCGGGCGAAAUUGCGUGAGAUCUUGGCCUUGCCAACCACGCUUUCCGAGCGCGAGCUGGCCUAUCACCGGAGCAAGCUGGAGAAGGCGACAGAAAACGUCGAAAAUCUGAUUUUCGUGGGCGCCAUGGUAGAUCUGAGCCAGCAGGGCGACCAAAAACGGCUGGAACAGAGCAUUUUGGAGUACAUGAUGGCCAAGUCGAACGGCAGCUGGUGUGGCUCGCUCAAGAAGGUGUUGGUGCACGCCAAAAAAUGA